CACCGAUUUAUAAGCAACGUAGUUGGAUGCCCGUGGACCAAGAUCUAACCUCACCGUGCAUGACGUUUGACGAUUUUGUAAAAAAUAGCUCUUCGUGCAUUGACGUGGAUGGCUUGAUUCCGCUGACUGAAUCUAAACCUUUUCCCACCAUGAGACCGAUCGACACAAAAUGGUACGGCAUGACUUCUUUCACCACGUGUUUGGAGAAGAGGGGCUCGCUGCCUUUCGCGGAAACAAAGGCGGAGUUUGAAAUGAUCUACAAUUUAAUCAGAGGAGUGAAUCCAACGGUGACGAUAAUCUGGGGCCAAGUCUUUUCUUACAACAAGCUGAACAAAAAUUUCAUGUGGUGCCGCAGCGACGUCGGUCCCUUCCAACCCUGGGCAAAAAUUCCGGUCCCUGUCUUCGUGAACUCGUCGGACGCGACGGCCCAACAUGAUUUCGUGAUGCUGGUCUCGCUGCCGGGUGCCAAGCCAAAUCUGCACGCCGUUCCCCCUAGUGACGAGCUCUUGAACAAAACCGAAGUCUUCUGCCGCUUCCCAGAUUACGUCGUGAACGAGUGCUCGAGAGCGAAGCAAGCCGAGAGGGAGGAAAACUAAAUUCUUAGAAAUUUGAAUUGGAAAUUAAUUUGUCAACAUUAAAUUUUGUCUUGA